AUGGGUCUGCUCUCUCUGGGUACGCCUUUACAUUGGAACGACUCCCGUCUCUAUGCUGAUCAUGUGCGCACAAACGGUAUCAUCCAGCUGAUAAACUGCUUCAACGCAGCACGAGACCGCAAGAAUGACCCGUUCUUGUGGGGAGACGAAGUGGAAUAUAUGUUGGUGAAGCUGGACAGAGAGCACAAAGUUGCUCGUCUUGCCAUUGACAAGGACUAUAUUCUGAAAGACCUUGGCGAAGAUGGCUCGUCUUUCGAGGUGGCAGUCAGUAAUAAUGUGGUGUUCCACCCGGAGUACGGCAGAUACAUGAUAGAAGCAACACCGCUCCAGCCCUACGAUGGGACGAAACUGGAAGAGUUCGAAUACGUCGAACAUAACAUGAGAACUAGACGGCAGAUUGCCACAAAGGAGCUCGGAGAAGAGGAUGUGUUGCCAUUGACACUCACGUCUUUUCCGCGAAUGGGCGUUGAGAUUUUUACAUAUCCGGCCGCCGAGCCCGACGGUGAAGCGUCCAAGUCUCUCUUCCUGCCAGACGAGAUCAUCAACCGCCACUUCCGUUUUCCGACGCUGACGGCCAACAUUCGUCGCAGAAGGGAUCAGAAGGUGAGCAUCAACAUCCCUCUGUACAAAGACGAGAAAACUGUGGCUUCAGGAAUUGAUCCGUCCAUUCCUCGAAGAAACCUGUUCCCGCAUCACGACGAAGAACCAUUUUUGGGGGCCGCCAAAGAGGGCCACAUUUACAUGGACUCGAUGGGCUUUGGUAUGGGCUCGUCGUGUCUGCAAGUGACGAUGCAAGCCCCGGACGUGGCCCAUGCCAGAUUCCUGUACGACUCUCUGGUCAACGUCGCUCCAUUGAUGCUGGCUCUGACAGCUGCGGCUCCGAUCUUCCGGGGCCAUCUUGCUGAUCAGGACGUUAGAUGGAAUGUGAUUGCGGGAGCAGUUGAUGACCGGACCCCGUAUGAACGCGGAGAGCCGCCAUUGAAGGGUCACAAAGAGAGAGGGAACACCUUGGACACAGCAGAGCUCAUGCGCAUUCCCAAGUCACGGUACGACUCGGUGGACCAGUACCUGGGUGACUUGGAUACUUCCGGCAGAUUCUCCUAUUUCAGAAAAGAGUACAAUGACAUCGAAUCUCCGAAAAACAGCAAGGUUUACGAAAAACUCGUUUCCAAUGGGUUUGACGAAACACUGGCGGGCCAUUUCGCGCACCUGUUCAUCCGGGACCCUAUCGUCAUUUUCACCGAAUCCAUAGAGCAAGACAACACCGUCGAGACCGACCAUUUCGAAAAUAUCCAGUCCACAAACUGGCAGACGUUGCGUUUCAAGCCUCCAAAACAGUCUGCUGUGCCAGAAAAGCACGAUGUUCCGGGAUGGAGAGUUGAGCUCCGGCCAAUGGAAAUUUCCUUGACAGAUUUCGAAAACGCUGCGUAUGCAAACUUUUCCGUCCUGCUGUCGCUAGCGGUGCUCAAAUAUAGACCAAACUUUUACCUCCCAAUUUCGUAUGCGGAGGCCAACAUGAAGACGGCUCAUCGCCGGAAUGCCAUAGUGGAGCAGAAGUUUCACUUCCGGACCAAUGUGUGGGAGGCAGGAGAGGCAAUAGUGGAGCAGCUGAGUCUUGAUGAGGUUUUCAACGGAUCCGGCUCUUUCGAGGGACUUUUAUCUCUAGUCAACCGAUACAUCAAAGAGACAUGGGGAGAAGCUCUUCCCGCAAAACUUGAGGCGUACCUCAAGCUGGUGAGCUUCAGAGCCUCGGCAAAAAUCCCAUCCACAGCGCAAUACAUACGGAACUUUGUCUUGAGUCACCCAGACUACAAGAAGGACAGUAUUGUCAGCGACCAGAUAAACUACGACCUGCUCGAGAUGGCAGCCAAACUGUCCACCUACGACCACGGCGUGGUGACUGACUUCUUCGGGCCCGAACUGGGUCAAUGGUUAAUUGAUAAUGGUUACUAA